AUGUCUACAGCCUCUGCGGACGGCGUGGCGUCUGCAGGGCCAACAUUGACAAACUACGUCGCGUAUAUCCCAGAGGGCAGCAAACAGCCACGCAUUGGACAUCUCGACUUAGAAUCGCAGGCGAUUACACCCCUUUCCUAUGUCUCUGGUACGCCGGUAAGGAGUCUCUACGAAGUCAUAGAGGCAAGGGACGACGCUUUCGUCCAAGGUGGCGAGGCCUUCCCUCGAAGCAAAGCAAAGCUGUUGCCACCUAUCUACGGCCGCGAUAUUCUGGCUGUUGGGAAGAACUAUGCAGCUCAUGCAAAAGAAUUCAAUGCUUCAGGUUACGAUAGCUCCGACAAGGUGGACAUGCCAACACACCCAGUCAUCUUUACUAAGCGAUGGACUUCAGCAGUUGCCGACGGAGAUGAGAUCUAUCCGCAUCCUGGCUUCACGGAUUCUGUUGAUUAUGAAGGAGAGAUCGGGGUCAUUGUCGGGAAGCCUGGAUUCAAAAUUAGCCAGGCAGAUGCGCUCGACCAUGUCUGGGGGUUCACCAUCAUUAAUGACGUGACAGCCCGCGAACGACAGCGCGACCACAAGCAGUUCUACAUUGGCAAAUCGCCUGAUACCUUUGCACCUAUGGGGCCAAUUGCUGUUCCCAAGGGACAGCUCCCCAAAGUACUCACCGUCACUACCACGGUGAAUGGCGAGAAGCGACAAGAAGCAACGACAGAAGACCUGAUUUUCAGCAUCCCAGUCCUGAUCGAGACCUUAUCCGCAGCACAGACGCUGCAGCCAGGAGACGUGUUAGCUACCGGGACCCCUGCCGGAGUUGGCUUUGGCUUUGAUCCUAAGAUCUGGCUCCAUCCCGGGGACGAGGUCAAGAUCUCAGUAACGGGUCUCGGCACAUUGACCAACAAGAUCGCAAAUCCAGAGUCCCGCGCCACUAUACUCGACCACGUCGUAUCGCCUGCUGUACCAGUGGCAAAUGAGCGAACAGUCGAAGGUCGCGGGCUCAUCACUGUCGGCUCAAAGCGAUUGUUCUACCAAAGAAAAGGCAGUGACGGUGGAAGGCCGAUUUACUUUAUCCAUGGGCUCGGCGGCACCUCGGAGUACUUUCAACCCAUUAUCACAAGGCUGGGUGAUGCGUGGACAUACCACCUCGCGGAUUUUGAGGGCCACGGCCUGUCGCCCACGUCCGCAACAAGCAAGUUGAGCAUUGCUUCGUUGGCAUCCGAUGCUUACCAGGUUCUUUCUCAGGCAGGAAUAAAUGCUGACGCUGGCCUCACUGUGGUCGCUCACUCAAUGGGCUGCCUCGUCGCCAUAAGGCUGGCUUUGAACCAUCCGGAUCUGGUCAAGACGCUUAUCCUGCAAGGACCUGGACCUUCACCGCUCCCGGAAGCUGCCAGCAAAGCCACCUACGGGCGGGCCGCCCUUGCUCGCGAAAAAGGGAUGCUCGGAGUUGUGGAUGCCGUCGUGGGCGCAGGGAUCUCCGACCACAGCAAAUCAACGAAUCCACUCGCACUUGCUGCAGCGCGGGUAUCUCUGCUGGGACAAGACCCCGAAGGAUAUGCGAAGGCUUGCGUGGCACUGGCCGACUCACACCGAGACACUCUCGAUAUAUCUGCAUUGAAGGCCAAAGUACUGAUCAUAACCGGCGACGAAGAUAAAGUCUCACCACCUGACAUGUGCCGCAAGAUGAAGGAGAAGAUACCCAACUGCGAGGAGGUAACCGUUCUGCCGCAGGUCGCACACUGGCACCUCUUUGAGAACACGGAGAGUGUGUCCUCUGCCGUGACAACAUUCCUAGGGAAGCAGUAG